UUGUGGGUGCGGGGGAACGGGGAUUCGUCGUGCUACGCAGCAAAGCCGGGGCUGUGAAGGCAAGACUGGCGUAGUCGAGUUUGCCCGCUGUUGUUUAGCCAUCACGGAGCUAGCACAACGUUAGCUUAGCACUCGGGAGGAUGCAGGGUUGACGAUGCGUUGGUCAAUGCAAAUGCAUCUAUUCUAUUCUUAAAAGCCAUGAAAACUUGUUCUGAUAGUAUUUAUUUGAUUGGUCAACUCGACGUUUGCACGAUGUGUCUCCUGUUCGAGGGUGAUCUUGAAAAUAGCUAGCAGUGGCUACAGCUAUCCUGCUAGUUAGAUCAUGGCAAUGUACAACCAGUGUUGUCAAUGUCGACAUGUGAUGUAAUGCUGCACAUCCGUCGUAAAUGUGGCUAUUUUCUGCUUUGAUUUCGAAGAGUUUUGGUGGGACAAUUAUUUCGAACCACAUUACAGCGGAGGCUUGUCACUGCCCCCGUAGCUGACCGUAGGCUAUAAAGUUACUGGCCGUCGAAACCACCCUGGAUACUUCGCCAAUCGGAUGGAUCUCAUAACGUUGAUCUCCAUCAUCACUUUCUGUGGAUGCGUAUGUUUUUAAAACUUGGUUCCCCUCAUGCAACUUUUGAUGGUGGGGAAAUAACGAGCUACAGUUCGUGUUUCAACACCCUCUGUCGGCGGCGUAGACCCUGAAACAAGAUGGUUAUGUCGACGAUACCUGCUCUGCCCUGCUCGGUUUCUGGAGGUCUGGUCGUUACUAUGUCCACCGUCUGGUGAACUCGCGGGGACGUUGGUCAAAGCGAAUAGAGUAGACCGUCACAUCGUGUACAGGUACUAACGUUGGUGAUUUUUCUAGAUUUCUGUCAUGGAAAGACGCAAGUCAAAUGAGAGGCCAUGUUGGAUUAGCUGCAAGCCAGUCGACAGCUGAGAGAUUUGGAUUUGGAAGCUGUGGCCACCAAAGAAACUGAAGAGUCAAAACAGGGAACUCACUCACAGUGGCUGGAAGAGAGACAAAGAGUGACGAGGAAGGAGCAUAAGACUACACAGAAGUGGACAACAGUGCCAGAUCAUAUCAAGUCCAGGCAGAGUCCCAACUCCCGACGACACACCCACCAUUCUGCACACACACUUAACACACAUUCAAGGUCGCACAAACACUCACACACACGCGCGCGUGCGCACACACUCAAAACAACAAUUCCUCAGCGAUGCCAAGAGGGCCUGCUCAGCUCGCUGCCUGCUCCGACAAGCGCCGCCCCCUCCUCUCCGACCCCUGAGGCCGACCCUCUUGAGCUGUGACCCGUCUGACCCAACCCCGUCGCCCUGGGAACGAGAGGUCCGUUCUCCUCCCAGCCGCCAGGGGGCGCCCUCGCGCCGACACGGGAGCGAGCCGCUCUUAAAAACAUGGCUCCCAUUCGGGACUCCGUCAGCCACUCCCCUAAUCAAACAGGUCUGGAGCACCCCGGCCUGGACUCUCAGUAUGAGCCGUCCCCCUGGUCGACUGGCUCUCCCUGCGGCGGCGACGGCAACAGCAACUGGGACGCGGUCCUAGUGGAGGGCAGCGCCGACAAGCCCAGCAACCUCUCCUCCACCAACUCGUCCGUCUGGCCCUCCUCCUCCUCCUCCUCCUCCUCCUCGGGCUGCGGCUCGGGGUCGGACCCCGAGCUGGCGUCGGAAUGCAUGGACGCCGACUCUAGCUCCCCGCUGGGCUCCGAGAGGAACCUCGCCGCCGUCUCCACGACGACGGCGGCCAUGAUGUCACUGGCCAACGCCUCCGCUGCGUCGUCCUCCUCCUCCGCCGCCGCCCCCUCCUCCGUGAGCACCGCCGCGGCGAGCGCGCUGGUCAACGGCGACGGCAACGCCAACCGCCAGACCUCGGGCGGCGCCCACAACGGAAACAACAACAACAACCCGUGCGGCCCCUCCUCCCACUACUCCAUGGCCGGCGUCGGCAGCAACAACGGCGUCGGCGGCGGCCAGGGCAACAGGCUCGUCGGGAGCAGCGUGUGGGGGGCGCAGCCCGCCGGGAACCCUUCCGACGGCGGCGGCGGCGGCGGCGGCCUGAACCCCAGCACUUUGAACCCCCUCGCCAACCACGGUGCCUGGCCCCGCAGCCCGACCCCGAACCCGGCGCCGUGCCCCGGCCAGCGGCCGCCCCAGGCCCCGGGCGCGGCCUCCAAAUCAGGCGCCGCGCCUCCCCACGACGGAUGGGGCGACAUGCCAGCUCAAGGAGCCUGCGGCCCGAUGGACGAGGGGCCGGGCGCUCGCGGUGCGGCGACGGGCGGCGGCAGUGAUGGCCAGCAGUCCCCCCACCCUCACACUGAAUCCAACGGACCAAAUAACACUAUGAUGUUGAAUACUACUACGACCACGACUACUAACGCAACAGGAACCUCUAGUCUACCAAACUCUACCGGCGACGGGCCCUGGGGCUCGGCCCCGGGGCCCGCCGGGGGUCCGCUCGCCAACGGCCCCCCGACCCUGGCCCCCCACGGAGAGACGGCGCGGGGUCCCGGGGCCUUCGGUACGCCCUGGGGCGCCCCCACCCACCCGGGCGACAAAGGUCCCGCCGGCCCGGACACUGUGAACCCCCAACACCAGGCCGGGCCCCCCGCCGCUCACAAGAGUUACCACCACGCCGGGGCCCCCCGCUGGGAGCAGGGGCCCGGCGGCAGCCCCGCCCCCGUCCCGAGCGGCAUGCCCUGGGGGAGCGCUUCCAGCCCGGCGCCCGGCCCGGGGGGACAGGGCCCCCGGCCCUGGGGCGGCGGCGCCUCGUCCUCGUCCUCGUCCUCCUCCACCUCCUCUGGCUCCCACAACAAGACGACCAACGGGGAGUGGGGCGCCAUGCCCCCCGGGAACAACCACGCCGCCGACGCCGGCGUCCGCAAGGCCAGCUCCUCCAACAACGGCUGGAAGAGCCUGGAGGACGACGCCCUGGGCGUGGGCGGCGGGGGCCCCCCUGCGGCCCCGGCCCCUGGCGCCUGGGGCCGCUCCGGCGGCAGCGAGGGCAGCGGCGAGAGCUCCGGGGGCCGCUCCGGCAGCGACAAGGACGGCCAGCCCCGGGGCCCCAACCGGCGGAGGCCCCCCCCUCCGGCCGCCGCCCCGCCGGCCCCCCCGGCCCGUGCCGACGUGGACCCCCGGGUGCUGUCCAACACCGGCUGGGGCCAGACGCCCGUGCGCCAGAACACCACGUGGGACGUCAACUCCCCCGCCAGCCACCCGCCGCCCGGCCCCCGAGGGGAGGACAGGAAGCCCGGCGGCGGGGGGUCCGGGUGGGCCGGGGGGCAGCCAGUGGCCCCCUCCCAGACCAGCUCCGGAGGUUGGAGGGAGGGACCCGGGAACUCGGGCCCAGACAAGGGGGGCCCGGGCUGGGGAGAACCCAGGCCCAACCCCGGCUGGGACAACAACACCAAGGGCGGAGGGAGCGGCGGCCACGGGGGGCGGGACGACGCCUCGAGCUACAAAGGGGGCAGCGGCAACACCUGGAGCAACAACCCCAGCCGGGACGACAGGUCCAACACCUGGACCAACGCGCCCAGGCAGCCCCGGCAGCAGCAAGGCUGGGGGGGCGGGGGCGGAGGCGAGGGCUGGGGCAACGGGGGUGGAGGCGACUCCUCCUCCUCCUCCUCUUACCGGGGUGGGAGCAACAACCACUGGGGAGACGCCCAGAAGGGAGGCGGCGGCGGCGGCGGCGGCGGGGGGGCCUGGGAGGGCGACAGCGACCGCUCAGGCUCCGGCUGCUGGAGCGACCCUAGCCGCGCCAACGCCAACAACGGCGGCGGCGGCGGCGGGAACACGUGGACCGGGAGCAGCGCGGCCAACACGCAAGACCAGGGCAACCACAACCAGGGCUCCAACAGCUGGGGAGACCCCACCGGCCCCAAGCCCGCCCCUCAGGGUAGGGGCCAGGGCUGGGGGGAGCCGCAGAAGCACCACCACGGGAACCAGAGCUGGGGCGAACCGCCACCCAAGACCUCCAACCCCUCCAACGAGUGGGGCAAGGGCCCCGAGCCCGUGGCCAGAGGAGGCCAGGGCCCCACCAAGCCCACAGGCUGGAUGGGAGGUCCCAUACCCGCGGGCUGCCAGAGGGAGAAGGAGGAGCCGGCGGCGACCUCUGGGUCCGGCUGGGAGGAGCCCUCCCCGGAGUCCAUCCGACGCAGAAUGGAGAUAGACGACGGCACCGCUGCCUGGGGGGAGCCAGGGAGGAACCCAGGCAAAUACAACGCAGGUGGACCUUCAAACACGUGGAACAAGAACAGCCAAUCAGAGCAAGAGCCCAUGUCUCAUGGCCCGCCCCCAGGACACCAGCUGCACCAAUCACAGGGGCCGAUCCAUGCCCCUCAGCCGAUGCAGACUCAAGCCCCGGAAAAGACCUCUAGUGCUGGCUGGGGCGAGUACCCCGCGCACAAGGAGCCCUCCUCGUGGGGGGAGACCCCCGCCCCAGCGCCCUCUGUGUCCGUGGACAACGGCACAUCGGCCUGGGGGAAGCCCGUGGACAGCGGCGUCGGCAAGAACGGCGGCGGCGGCGGCGGCGGUGGCGGCGGCGCCCCCAACUGGGGGGAGGAGCACGCGCGGGACCAGCCCAGCGGCAGAGAGCCCGGCCCAGGCUGGGGGGGCGGGGGCCAGCAGCAGAAGACAGGCGUGAAGCCCAUGGAGACGUGGGGAGGAGACGACCAGUCCUCCAGCUGGGACCAGGAGGAGGAGGUGGAGAUAGGCAUGUGGAGCAACACGGGCGGCCAGCAGGACAGCCGCUCCCACGACCACAACACCUGGAACUACAAGCAGAAGGGCCCCAACAAGAUGCACAAGUCGGUGAGCAAGCAGGACGAGCCGUGGAUGAAACCCUUCACCAACCAGUUCAACAACAUGAACUUUCCCAGAGACUCUCCUGACGACUCCAUGAAGCCGGGCGGUGGGGGCAUGGGGCAGGACAAGCGCAUGGACAUGGGCCCCAUGGGCGACUACAACGGCAUGAUGGGCAAGGGCCACGGCCCGCGCCACCAGCUCCACAAGGAUCCCCCCAUCGACCGGGGCCCGUACUACGACAAGAAUGUUAACCCCAUGCUAGGCGGCAGCAGCCUAGCCCAGGGCCGCGGGCCCCAGCUCCCUCCCCAAACCAACCUCCGUAACCAAGUGCCUCCACCCAUCCUCCCCUCUCAGGUUCCACCCUCCCUGUUGAAGUACCCAGGGGGGACCGGAGCCCUGAACCCCCUGCUAGGACCCCAGCAGAUGGCCGUGCUCAACCAGCUGUCCCAGCUCAACCAGCUCUCCCAGCUCAACCAGAUCGGCCAGUUGCAGCGCUUCCUCCUGCAGCAGCAGCAGCAACAACAACAACAACAGCAGCAGCAGCAACAACAGCAGCAACAGCAACAGCAGCAGCAGCAGCAGAAAGCUCAGAGCCAGAGGAAUAUGUCCAUGGGACGGCAUGCUGAACAGGUACAGACUCGUCCGAUUGGUUCAUCCCAGAUGAUGCAGCCCCCCCGCCACCUGGACCCUGUUCUGCUCAAACAGGCCGCGGCCCACAAGCCCUACCUGGACAACUACCUGGCCCACAACGCCCCGGAGCUGCAGAAGGACUCGGUCGCUCUGGGCAACAUAAGCAACUUCCCUUUAGCCUUGAACCCCAACCUGAAUGUAUCCCUUGACAUUGGCGGCACUGGAGGAGGGGGCUACAAGGAGCCCCCCCAGUCUAGGAUGAAGAAACUCUGGGCCACCGACCCUCUGGAGCAGAACAGCAAACCUGGUGCUAUGUCGUCUGGGCUGCGUCUGGAUGAAUCAUCCUUCUACGAUUUCCUGUCUUCUGGCCCCUCCCCACUGACUCCUCCCGGCCAAUCAAUGGGCUCGGUGGGCGACGGCUGGCCACCCCGUGCCAAUUCUCCCCCUCCCCACGGAAACACGGUCACCUGGCCCCCAGAGUUCCGGCCCGGGGAGCCCUGGAAAGGUUACCCCAACAUCGACCCCGAGACCGACCCCUACGUGACCCCCGGUAGUGUCAUCAACAACCUCUCCAUCAACACCGUCCGUGACACAGACCACCUCAGGGACAGGAACAACGGGCCAUCCUCAUCACUGAACACCACGAUGCCUUCUAACAGUGCCUGGUCCUCCAUUCGUGCCUCCAGCCAUAUCGGUUCCCUCACCAGUACAGCACAAAGCACUUCAGCCAGACCAGGCGAGUCCAAGUGGUCCCCGGGCAGCGGCGGAGGCUCUGUGUCCAACUCUUCCCUGGCCCACGAGCUGUGGAAGGUCCCUCUGCCCUCCAAGGGCCUGUCGGUGGCGCCGCCCUCCCGGCCCCCGCCCGGCCUCACGGGGCAGAAGCCCGGCUCCGGCUCCUCGGCCUGGGACAGCUCGUCCCUGAGGCUCGGGGGCUGGGGCGCCAACGAGUCCAGGUUCACCCCCGGUUCCAGCUGGGGUGAUGGCGGCGGCGGCGGCGGCGGCAGCAGCUCAGGAAGAACUCAAUGGCUUGUCCUCAAGAAUCUCACUCCUCAGAUCGACGGUUCCACCCUAAGGACCCUGUGCAUGCAACACGGCCCCCUGAUCACAUUCCACCUCAACCUGCCCCACGGCAACGCUGUGGUCUGCUACAGCUCCAUGGACGAGGCCGCCAAGGCGCAGAAGAGCCUGCACAUGUGUGUUCUGGGGAACACUACGAUUCUGGCCGACUUCGGCAGUGAGGAGGAAAUCAGUCGUUUCUUUGCACAAGGGCAGUCUUUGGCCGCCCCCUCCUCGGGCUGGCAGACCAUCGGCUCGUCUCAGAGCAGAAUGGAUCAGUCCCACCCCUUCCCCAGCCGCUCUCUGGAGCCCAACCAAUGGAAUGGCAGUGACCUCCACAGCUCCACCCUCUGGGGCGGGCCCAACUAUUCCACUAGCCUAUGGGGCGCUCCGAGUGGCAACGAGGGCGGGAGGAUAAGCAGCCCUUCACCAAUCAGCUCCUUCCUCCCGGUGGAUCACCUGGCAGGGGGCGGGGACUCCAUGUGAGCUGCCUGUCAAUCACACAGGCGUCGGCUCGGGGUCAGUAAAGAAAUCCUAAGUAAUCACGCGUAGAAUUAUUUCUUUUUUUGAAAAUCUUAAAAAAAAAAAAAGGUAGUUAAAAAACAAUGGCACUAGUUGGACUCUCACUAACAAGAUAAUACAAACCAACAGGGCCUCCCCUGUGGAAAACAAAGUUACCUUUUCUCUCUCGCUGCACAUAUGUCCACUUUGUUUUAGCCCAAAAACAUAUCAGUCAGAAUACUUGAAUCAUGCAGGCCAAUUCUAUAAUGUGAACGGAUGGAUAUUCGCUUCCAGGUAGUGAGUGCUCUUUCAUACUGAAAAAAAAGCUUAAAUCGAUCGCAUUAUUAUGUUAUUUUUGUUUCACUCAUGUUUAUUGGAAUUCCAAUUAUUUUAUUUCAACGUUUCAUUCUUUUUUUUUUUUUUUUGCAUUUGUUUGCUGACAAUGUUGGAGUAUGAGCUUUUUUUUUUUUCUUUUUUUAACUUUGCACUGAAUGUGUUUUUUUUCUCUCAGUAUAUAUAAUCUGCAAUAUAGAGGGAGCAGCCAGUUUUUCCAGUGUAGCUGUUUACUCAUUGAGGUCCUUACCGUGUGUGUAUACGUGUGUGUGCGGGUGUGCGCGUGUGCGUGACCAUGUACGUGUGUGCGUGUGCGUGGCCACACGCGUGUGUUCGCUCUCCUCUGCCUUGGCACGCCUACCUUACUGCGUUGUCGUGGUGAUCAACCGAUAGGUGAAAACGAAGUUUAAAAAAAAAAAAAGCUGACGUAGGAGGGUUAUCUGAUAUUAAAAAGUGACAUUAAAAAGUAUUGCACCAAUUUUGUGUUUUAAAACUAAAGAACGUUGAGCUCUGCAGUGCAAAGGACUGUAGCCGCGCUGGGAAUAGCAAGCCCUGCCUAGCUUAUUGUAUGGGGGCGGGGCCUUCCUAGCAAGCCCCGCCUAUCCUAUUGUACGUGGGUGGGGCCUUCCUAGCAAGCCCUGAGCAUCCUGUUGGAUGUGCGUGAGGACUUUCUAGCAAGCCCCCCUGGUGCCCCCUCUAGUGGGCAAGGAGGGGAACAGCACUUUCAGAAUAGGCUUUCAAUGUUGUUUUGGAGGUGCCACACUGCAACCUCUUGUUUACAAGACUUCGGAGGCAGAAGGUGUGUUCAUUCUUCCUUCAUUUUAAAAGAGAAAAAUGGAAUAAAAUAAGCAAAAAAUACAAAAAAAAAAAAAAAUACAAAAAACGUUCUACAAAAAAAAUAAAAUUACCAAAAAAUAGACAGAAAAAAACGAAUUUAAAACUGUUAUUGAGGAUGAAGACAAUGCUUUGUAAACUCUGGGAAUUCGGAUCAGUGUUUUUGGCCAUGGCGUUGGUUUUUUGAACUAUUCCUCUUUUUUUUGUCUGCUAAAUAACCAGCGAUGGUUCUCAGGAAAUCAAGCCAGUUCCCCUGUCCCCUGUGUAGUUUAAUAAUAAUAAUAAUAAUAAACUACUACUCCUUGUAGGAAAGGAAAAUCCAACUUCUAGCACUGAAAACUACGUAUAGGUCUGUAAGUUUUGUUGUGUUUUUUUUUUCUUCUCUGCCAAAUAACUGCUUUAAAGCUGCAGAUGCUCGCCAUCCUGCUGUCCGCAACACGCUCCUUUCACCUCCCCCCCCUUCCAUGUCCCCCCCCUCCCCUCGGAGCAGCUCCCUCCAUGUCCCCCCCCUCCCCUCGGAGCAGCUCCCUCCAUGUCUCACGCCUCCCCUCGGAGCAGCUCCCUCCAUGUCUCACCCCUCCCAUCGGAGAAGCUCCCUCCAUGUCUCACCCCUCCCCUCGGAGCAGCUCCUUCCAUGUCUCACCCCUCCCAUCGGAGAAGCUCCCUCCAUGUCUCACCCCUCCCCUCGGAGCAGCUCCCUCCAUGUCUCACCCCUCCUCUCGGAGCAGCUCCUUCCAUGUCUCACGCCUCCCCUCGGAGCAGCUCCUUCCAUGUCUCACGCCUCCCCUCGGAGCAGCUCCCUCCAUGUCCCCCCCUCCCCUCGGAGCAGCUCCUUCCAUGACUCUCCCCUCUGAGCGUCUCCUUCCAUGUCUCCUUCCUUGUCCCCCUCCCCGAGGAGUGGCCGGUCCAGGCCCGCUGCUCUCUCUCGCCUGCCCUAGCUCUCGCUCAUGCCUUCUCUUGCUUCCAUGCUUUAUUUUCCUGUCCCUGCUCCCCCCCCGCCCCGCCCCCGCCACUCGCCGACCCAACCAGAGGAAUCUGUGUGGCCUGUUUGUUUUCUGUCAGCGUGUGCAUGUGACCGAGUCACUGGCUCACUAUCAAGUGGGUGGUUUGUUCGUAAAUUCAGAGAAAAAAAAAACCAAGAGAAGAGGCAAAACCUGUAUCUAUGCAUACUGUAACGCCUCUCGCAAAGCCCAGAGAGAGAGGCACUUUCCUUUCUUCUCUUUUUCGUUGUCUUUUCUCUUUCCACGUUUCACAAGUGUUUUUAAAAAUGUCUAAGUAUACAAUGCGAACCAUUAAUGACCUUCUUGUGAAUCGCUCUCACUGUCACAAAGUAAUGUGUUUGAGGAAAGCAAAGGUUGACAAAAAAAGAAAAAAAAAGCUAUGAAAAAAGAAAACCCAGAAAAAAAAAAGGAAACCAAACAAAAUUAUUUAGUCUUGCUCUAUAUAUUUUUAACGGUGCAAAAGUCGUCCACAUUUCAUUGCCUUGAUUCUAAUUGUGUCCGAAGAUGCAACAAUAAGUCAAGUGGCUUUUACCUGUUUACAAAUAGAAUAUGAUUGUAUUGUUGUACACAUUUUUUUUCUCCUUAAGAGGGGUUGUGGAGGGGCAGCAUCUUAAACUAUUGAGCUGACUGAUCUCGUCUCUCAACUACAUACUGUGCGAGAGUAAGUGUAUGGGGUUGCUGCUCUGUACUCGAUUGUGUGAUUGUGUGUUUGUGCCUGUCUGUGUGGCAGGGAGGGGGACAAGAAAUCCAACACGAGUGAUACAAGUCAUACAACACAGACUUUACCUAGAACAGUGAUUGUUUAGUGGACAAAGAUGCACAAUAUUCUGGGGUGGGGACUGAGAAAUCAACAUUAGGCUAAGCCAUGGACCUUAAUUUUGCGAUCAUUUGAUUUUGCGAGUGUAUUUUCAAGCUGUUUUGUAGAUUUGAAAUCCCUCCCCUCCUUCCCGUAGUAGUUCUGAGUAGCUUGCGUUGUUUUUGUGUAUUUCAGUUUGAACCGUGAAUAUUCUAUUUAAGAAACCUUCCAAGGCAUAUGCAGUCAUGCGACGGGCCCUCUUGAGUAUUAGCCAGACUUGACCGUGGUGUGUGCCAGUAUUCAACCGCUCUUUACCAAAUAUAUAUAUAUAUAUAGAACUUAAUCAAUCAAAACUGAAAAGCAAAAGAUACGUUUACCUUUAAUUCCAGAUCUUGUUGCUGAACAAAUCUCUAUAUUCGUAUAUAUUGCUUGUGUUUUUGUUUUUUGUUUUGUGCGUGUUUGUUGGACAGAUUUACAAGGCAGAACUCCCUAACUAUUUUCAUCAUUCAUUAUUGCGAGUUAAACGAAGAAUCCUUGGGAUUUUGCACUUGUAGUGGAUUACAGGAGAUGGCUAACGGAAAGCUGUGUGUGAACAUGUUGGGGGUGGGACUUAUGCUAUUUACAACUAGUUAGAAGAAGCUGUACUUGAGAGUGAUUUUUCUGACAGGGUAACGUGUUUGUGUGACUGCCUGCGUCUUCGCUGCGUGCCGGUAGGCUCGUUGGCAGUUCUCCAGGACUUUGUGUUUGUGUUUCUAAUGGCUGACGAUGGAAGAGAGUGGGUCCCUUAAGCUUCAGGAGCCAGCCUUUAUAACCGGGCCCCUCCUCUGAGCCGGUCGCCUCCCCCUUUCCCCGGCAUCCAAUCAUCAUUCUCGUUGAAAUGACCCAAACAUUACCCGUGGUUUCUAAUCGCUUUUCAAAUGGUUGGUUUCUCGAAAUUGUUUUUUCCGAACUAUGUCGCUCGUCCCCAUCUUCUUAAGAGGGACAACAUUUUGGUGUGUAAUGCUAGUGUUUGGAGACUCUUGAAUUAACUGCGUAGUGUUCUCUAGAUCAGUCAAGUGUUAACAGUGAUUACCGUGAAGCCUGGGCUGCAGCUGGCCCCUAGUUUGAUGACCGGGGAUUGCCCCAAUCACUGAGCUGGUGUUGGCCCCUUCAUUUAUUUAUUAGCCUUGGCAAUUAGUCGGGAAGGAACAAAGCCCCCCCCCCCCCCCAGAACAAGAACCAUCAUGUCUUUAAUGCUCCCUGUUGCUGUUGCUGCCGUCAUGUCGGCCAUCUUUAUAUCGUGUAUUGUUUUGUGUGUCGCUGUAGCGAUCCAACUGUGGUUCCAUACGGAUGGUCUCCAGGCCUAGUCUACCGCUGGUGCUGCAUACAACCGUGUGUGUGUGGGUGUGUGUGUAAGAUGGAGAGACCUUGAACUCUGUCAUGCCAAAUCCAAUGGGGGGGGGGUAGUAAAGAGAACUAGCAAGAAGUGAAAGAAAGGGAUUGAUUUUAAUGGUUGGUUCUUGUUUGGAUGUAAAUACUUUUGUUUGUGUGUCUGUGCGCUGAAGAUGCUGGAUAACGUUUAAAUGCUUGAAGACAAAAAGUCCUUGGCAAAAGGAAAAUGUGAGGAAAACCAGUUUUUCCGAUAAAUCGGGGGGGGGUGACGAAACGCCACAAGCAAUGUACAAUCCCUCUGGGCUGCCUAGCCGCCCCUAGGGCCUGAACUGGGGGGGGGGGGGGGGGGGGGGGCGAUAAUACUACUUGUUCUAAUGUUGAAAUUCUCCUAUUUCCUUUAUCCUCAGAGCAGAUCUGACACAUAUUUCAGUAAGCUUUGUGCAGGCGCACACUGUCUUAUAAAGAAAAAAAAAACGUUUUAUUUGACUUAACAACAAUGAUAAACUGUGAGUCUUGCCUGUCCUUCUCUCUCGUCAUUUUGCAGUUACACAUGAACACACACAAACCCUUAAAGCUUUAGUAUAACCAGCACAAAGACUUGGGGGGGGGGGGGGGGGGGGGGGGGGGGUGGGGGGUUAUGCUCAGAGAGACUAUGCAGUGGAGUGUUACAAAAAAAUAAAAUCCCAGGCUUCCAUGUCCGCCCUGGGUUUUUAGUGUGUGCUUGAAAAAAAUCCUAUUUUAUACCAACGUACAGUUGAAUAAUUACCUUAAAACUGAAUCCUGUCGUGCCAUUGUUUGAGAAAAAUUCAUAUUGACAUUAAUAAUGGUAAUAACAUUGAGGGGCGGGGGCGUCGAAUCCAUGUAACCUAGCAACCAUCAGGCCAGUUGUAGCAGUAACGGCAACAAGGUUACGAUUUGCAAAGUCCCGCCUCCCCCCCUCCCAGACUUGUCUCCUCAAUAACUGACUGUGUGAAAUUGCACAUUUUCAUGACUACAUUGUUUUAUUUUAUAUAUAUCUACAUUAUAUAUAUACACAUAUAUAUAUGUAUAUAUAUGCGAGCGAUAGAGAUUCCGCAAUCCAGUGUGUAUUCUGAUCACCUGUAAACCAGUUAUGCACAUUGCUUUGGGAGACUGUUUAAACUAUAUAUAUAUAUAUACACACACGUAUGUAUUGAGACGAUUUACAAAGCGUACAAUGUCUAUAAUCGGGGAGAAGUUGCUCGCCUCUCGCUUACAAACGGAAAAUAAAUGGGGAGGGUGCAUACUUUUUUUAAAAAGUCUUCCUCUGGUCAUCUUUUAAAAAAGGAAUUUAUCUUAAACUUUGGGGGAGGGAAACUGCACUUUUCGAAGGACAAUCUUUCUUUGUAUGUGUAUAAACAAUUGACAAAAGAUACAAACCAUACGUCGCCUGACAUUACAAGGUAUAGAAAAACAACUCCAUUGUGCUCUAAUUAUGAAUGUCUCCUCUGAUGCUGUUUCAUUUUAUCCUUUUUAAUUUUCCUUAUUUUGUUGCUUGGUUUGUUAAUUAUUUUUUUCUUUCUGGAUUUUAGUGCUCUUGAGAAAUCCGUACUAGGUUGUAGAGUAGUCGGUAUUAGGUCUUCUGUUGGCUGUACUCUGUAUACUGAUAAGUGUUGGUAAUCUCCUGGCCCCCAGUGGUCAGCAUACAAAGCUGUAUAACUUGGGUACAACCCUCAAUAAAGGACUAACUGUUGAGUGGC